UCAGCGCGUCCAGGAAACAACUCCUUCUACGACAACGACCAGACAGAGACAUCCGAUAUACAGAUCGACAUUGACAGCUUAUUUCGCCUUGUUGCAUAGAAGGAAAACUCGAGGAAGGAUCGACUGGUGAUUGUUGAAGGAAGCGGACGAGGAGAUGUCGAGCCGCAAAGAUAAGGAAGGAAAGCACAGGGAGUCGCGGCACUCGCUGGCGGCGGGACUGAGACGGCUCGGAAUCCAUACUAAAUCGUCCGGCAAGUCACUCCGCGACUCCGUGAUUGUCGCCGAAACGGCCUCCCUCGCAGACCGUUCUCUGGCAGCACCCUCAGACGACCGGGACCACAACGAAGAUACACAUUCACCUGCCCUCACUACACCCGGGAUGACGAUCGCGACGUCGGAUAACGAUAGUAUACACUCCUCCAACUCGAGAAAUUCGAGCCGGAAGAGUGUCAUGUCGUCCAUCCUCACACCAAGCAGAAAACGAAUCUUCGGAAGCAAAGAACAACUACGAGACCUAAGUCGGGAGAGGACGGUGGAUACGGCCAUGUCUACAUCUUCCUCUUCCCCAGAAGUCGGCAAAGACUGUUCCAGUUCUCGACAAGGCACGUCGUCCCUGGCACGACCAGACACGGAGGAUGAUAUUGAGGUUAGUGGGUUGAGACCAUCGAGACAUACGUAUAUUCCAUCACCGAUGAUACAAACGCCGCCCAUGACGACGAUACCGGGAACUGCGGCGCCGAUGAGGAGGAAUACUGAGACGCUGUUUACGAAGGUCCCGGUGUCGCCGGGGGUGGCUCCAGCGUCGGUGGAUAGACAGCAGCUUGACAGAAAGGGGUCGAUGAUGGGUACUGCGCCGUUCAGACACGCGGAGACGGCGCCUACACCGAGCACGAGACCAGGACUCUCCACAAACCGGAGUUCAGUCGGUGACCGUGACCGUGAACGGGAUCGCAAUACCAACGCCAACACCAAACAACCAGACGAACUAAAACCAUCAAGACAAGGCUCAGGCGCAACGAGUAUCGCCGAAGACGCAUUCCGCCGCGACUCAGACAUCCUAGGGAACUACGUCCCCGGCAAGGAAGAAAUCCUCCCUGCUCCAUCGUGCGGCAUGUACUGGUCCCGCCCUGGUCUUCUCAACCCUAACCCCAGUACCGGCCCCGUCCUCGGUCAACGCAAUAUCAAUACUCGAAAACCUAUCCGCGCACACACCGUCAACGUCGUCGGAUCCUCCCUCUGGGUCUUCGGUGGUUGCGACCAAAGCACGUGUUUUAACAAAGUGGAGGUAUUUGAUGGGGAUACGAUGUCUUGGGGCACUCCGACGCUUAUUGGUGAUCUCCCGCCGCCGUGUCGGGCGCACACGGCUACGUUGGUGAACAAGACGCAGAUCGUGGUAUUUGGCGGCGGUGACGGACCGAGAUAUAACAAUGAUGUUUACACACUCGAUACCACCACCCAUCGAUGGUCCAAACCGGAAAUUGCGGAAGGUCCGGUACCGAGUCCCCGACGUGCACACACGGCGUGUUAUCGAGCCAGUAAGAACGAGAUCAUCGUUUUCGGAGGCGGGGACGGGAUUAAGGCUCUCAAUGACCUAUGGAGUCUGGAGUGUGGGGAUAUUUAUGCUCCGAUGCGGUGGACGUUGUUACACCCUGGUGGGAAAAGACCUAUUAGUCGGGGUUACCAUACUGCGAACUUGGUGGGGGAGAAGAUGGUGGUGUUGGGUGGUAGUGACGGGCAUGAGUGUUUUUCGGAUUGUCAUGUCCUUGAUCUCGGGAGUAUGAUAUGGCACCGAGUCCACAUAUCCCCAUCACCCUCGCCCGAACUCGCAUUCCCCCGACUCUCACACACCAGCACACAAGUCGGUAGCUACCUCUUCAUCAUCGGCGGCCACGACGGCUCGAAAUACUCCUCCGACGUACUCCUCUUCAACCUCGUCACUCUCUCAUGGGAAAAACGGCGUCUACACGGACACCUCCCCGCGGGCCGUGGGUAUCAUACGUGUGCGUUGUAUGAUAGUAGGUUGUUUGUCAUUGGGGGGUUCGAUGGGCAUGAUGUUUUUGAUGAGGUUUUUGUGUUGGAGUUGGCGGGGUUUGCGUAUUUGCCGCAGAUUAAUCGGUUUAGUGUUGAGUUGUGA